GUUCCCUCUGCCGGCAAUACACAAAUGUUCUAUUUAGUGCAAGUGUUUACAUCAACAACACGUGCUAAAACAAAAUUAAAUAAAAACAUAUGUUGAAGUAAUUGGUGAUUAAUGUAAUAAAUUAUUUACGUUAUUUUUAUAUCGUAAUAACAAAUAUACAUUAACUUGACUAUAUUAAUUAAUUGAGAUAUUUCAGAUUUAAAUUUUUGUAACCUAUAUAAUAAAGAAAUUCAUUAUUCUCACUUUAUAAAAGAUUUCGAAUCACAAUUAAUGUAAUAAACAUUAAUGUAUAAGUAAAAUAAUAAGAGGACAGUGAUUUAAAAGUAUAAUAUUAGUUAGAUCAUCUUUAAUAAUGGCAACUACUGAAUCUAAUCCUGGCUGGGCAGAUGCUCUCCAAAAAAUUUUAAAAACUAAUAAACCAAAAAGAAAAAAGACAAUUGUGUUAUCUAAAGCUAAAAAGCAUAAUGAUAUAGUGAAAAAGAAAGAAAAUCUACCUCUAGAAAUAGAUACAGUUCAAAAUGAAAAAGAAAAAUCAGAGACCACUGAAGGUAAAGAAAAUCUAUUGUUGAAAAAGAAACCAAGACAGAAGGAUAAUUUGGGUAUAAGGGUGAAACCAUCUAUUAUUGAUAGAGAACGUGAAAGACUUCUCCAAAAAAUUGCCACAAAAGGCGUGGUACAAUUAUUCAAUGCGGUAAGGCAACAACAAACAGACACGAAUCAAAAAUUGCAAGAUGCUGGACCCUUAGAGAGGAAACGCGAACAAGUAUUAAAAAAUAUAGAUAAACGUGCAUUUUUGGAUGUACUUAUGGGAGAAUCCAAAAGUAUUCCUGUAGACAAAAAUAUUGAAAGUCAAAUUGAAAGAGAAGAAGAUGAUGCAGAAAAUAAAGAGGACAAAGUAUGGUCUGUUUUACGUGACGAUUUUGUUAUGGGAGCAAAAUUAAAAGAUUGGGAUAAAGAGCAAAUAGAUGAUGAAGAUUCUUCAGCGCCCGAAGAUAUAGAUAACGAUGAAUAGGAACAAAAAAUAAUUUUAUAAAUUAUUUAUAUAAAAUAUUAUUAUUAAAUAUCUCUUAUUAAAGUUUUUAU